GGGCGACACACACAUCGGUUGUAAAGAGGUGAUUCAGUGAAGCCCUCCGGCGCGCUUCCGUUGGUGGAAAGAUGGCAUCGCUCUUCGAACAAUACGAGCAGCAGUCAUCUGGAGCCGCUGGUCGACCCAACCGGGCCCCGAACCCGGCAGUUCCCCAGAAUCCCGUGGCUAGACUCAUGAAAUCUGAGCCCGAGACUCCGAUGUUCAAAAAGACGAAGGUCGAAUUCAGGCCGGAACAAACUCUGACGCACCUCGUAGCUUGCUCUGAUAUCCUAGUCAUGGGCAUGAUGAACAAAACAUUACUGAAAGCCAACCUGAAAAACUUCGAUCAGCCAGAAGAGCUUCCGUUAUCACCACAGCUGAGCGGUUCACCAACUCAAUACCGACUGCAUCGGGUGUUCCUGGACCCACUCGGCAACCACCUGAUCGUGUCCAUUCUACAAGGGGAGAGCGGAGGGACCAAUUUUUACGUCUAUCUCGGCGGAACGUCAGGGAAAAGAACCUAUCACAAGUUUAUGAAGGGACAUCUGGUGACAGCGGUCGCAUUCAAUCCAGAUAACCGCCAGAAUGUUUCGAGCGGUUCAAUUCUGUUGGGCACUUCUAAAGGUGCCGUAUUUGAAGCCGAGCUCGUAGCCGGGAGCGAGAGCGAUUGGGGCCGCUUCAACAGCAAGCAGACCCCCGAGAAGUACUGCAAACAGAUCUAUCAGAUGGAAGACGAGCCCGCCAUUUGUGGCCUUCACAUGGAGUCUGUAUCGGCUCCGGCUCUGCCGAUUUGUCAGACAGUAGUCUUCCUCAACACUGCGCGUUUCGUUUACCGCUUCUUCGGACAAGCCACUCCGACAGCAGACGUUCAGCCAGUUUUCGAAAGACUCUUCAGUACGUCCAAAACCUGGGCCUACAACAACACACAGGAACUUCCGAAUCCCACCAGAACGAGCGUUCUGAAGGUUCUGAUACCCAGGGGUCAGCCUAAUGCCACACACCUCGGAUGCCUAUUCGGGCCGGUGGGAGUAUAUCACGCUGAUCUCAUCAUCUCGGCGAAUUCCGAUGGUCCUUGGUUGAGCUUCAGUGAGGAUCCGUCUAUUUUGGAAUUGACGGCCCAACAGGGCGAAGUUUCCAUCUCGCAACAGCCCAUCGCAAUGGUGCUCAGUAAUUAUCAUAUACUAGUCCUAUUCAAUGACAGACUCCGCGUGUACUGUCAGCUCGAUCAUUCCCUCGUCAUGGAAGACGUAUUCCCCCAAGGACGAAUGGUUGGCCUUUCGAAAGAUCCCACAAGUGGACUGAUCUGGGCUUUCUCUGAAACCUCUGUCUACAGGUAUAAAGCCGACAGGGAGGACAGACGUAUGUGGAAAGUCCUCUUGGCGAAGAAGAGAUACGAAGACGCGAAACUCUUUUGCAAAGACGACAAUUUCAAGCUGAACAAAAUUCGUGUCCGUCAAGCACAAGAUCUCUUCAAGCAGGGGCAGUAUGAGCGAUCCGCGGAGAUGUUUAGUGAGACGUGGUCUUCAUUUGAAGAGGUUUCAUUGCGAUUCAUGGAAGUCGAACAAGACUCCGCCCUGCGAAUAGUACUGAAAGAGAAACUCCUGAAGCUGACUCACGACAAAACUCAGCGACCGCAAUUAGUGAUGAUCGUGACGUGGCUUCUUCAAUUAUAUCUCAAUCGGAUGGGCCAUCUCAAGCAUCAGCUCUCGAAAGACGUUAGCGGAGAGAGUCUUCAGGCGGAAUUCGACACUCUGGAAAAAGAGUUUCAAGCACUGUUCAGGAUGCGACAGGUCAAAACUGCCAUCAUGGAGAACAAGAAACCGUUCUACAAAUUGAUAGCCAAUCACGGGGAUGAACCGCUGCUCCUGGAGUUCUCCAAGAUGAUGGAAGACUUCGGUCACGUCGUACAGCAGCACAUCCAGCACAAACGAUUUGAGGACGCCUUAGAUGUUCUUGUUACUCAGAGGUCUCCCGAAUUGUACUACCGAUUCUCACCUGAGCUGAUGAUACAGCUUCCGGAGCAGCUGGUCGAGGCCUGGCUCAGAGAAAACUUGGAUCCCGUGAGACUGAUUCCGGCUCUGGUUCAAUACUCUGAUGCAGACUUCGAUCCUCGAGCUCCACAAAUGUUGCAAUCAAUUAGGUACCUGGAAUUUUGUGUCAACGAGUGUAUGUGUGUUGAUGAAUCGAUACACAACUAUCUGAUAGCUUUGUAUGCGAGAUUGGGUGAUUCCGAAAAACUCGAGGAGUAUCUCGCUGCUCAGGGAACGGACAUAAGUUUAAUACCUUACGACCCGAAGUACGCGCUCAGGGUCUUCUCGGAGCUGAAGCUACUUAGAGCAUCCAUCCAUAUUUACACCGUCAUGGGGCUCUACGCAGAGGCCUUAGAAUUAUCGUUGAAUGAGCUUGGCGAUGUCAAACGAGCUGAAGAAAUCGCGAACGUUCCUGAAGACGACGACAUCAGGAAGAAACUCUGGCUCAUGAUCGCUAAGCACGUCGUCAGCGAAAAACAAGACAUCGGUCAUGCAAUGAAGUUCCUGCAAACUUGUGAUCUCCUGAAGAUCGAGGAUAUCCUCCCAUUCUUCCCCGAGUUCGCCUGCAUCGAUCAUUUCAAGGAGGCGAUAUGCGAAUCGCUCCAGAGCUACAAAGGCGUGAUCAAGGAACUCCGCGACAAUAUGGACGAGGCAACCAAGGCAGCCGAUGAAAUCCGUCAAGAAAUCCAGGAGGUCAAAAAUCGCUGUUUCGUCGUCGAUCGCACGCACAAAUGCGCUUCAUGUGGAUUCGCUCUCCUCAAUCAAGCUUUCUACAUUUUCGCUUGCUCGCAUCGUUUCCAUGCCAGCUGUUUGCAACGAGAGACUGUUCCUUACCUCAAGUUGUUGGAAGCUCCGAAGAAUUCGAACUCUGAACAGGACUCGACCGAUAAUCACGAAAACUCAUCUUCGAGGAGUUCAUCCCAGAUCGGUCACAGCGAGAAGGAGAGAACCCCCAACGACGUCGCCGCGUCUGAGUGUCUCUACUGUGGAGAGCUGAUGGCGGAUGCUAUAAGCGUCCCAUUUUUCGCGAGAGAUGAAUACGAGAAAGUACGCCGUCAGUGGGUUUGAGCCUUGGACUCGCUACACAAGUAUGCAGCUUUCCGUGAAGAUCUGAGGAACUUUGCACGGAAGAAAGUUGCAGUAUUCUCGCUCGACGGGAAGGUACCGGCAGGAGGUACGCGCGACAUCGUGGAAUGCAUCCCGCCUCCAUCGUUGCUCCCUCAGAAUCGACUCCGUCCCAAAACUGUGUCUCGAA